AUCUAUCUGUACACCUUGGCAUAGCAAUCCAUGAACACACCUUGAAGCCGGCCGUGCUGUACCGUCAUCGUUUUGUAUUGCAUUCAUCAUUGUGAAAUAGUGUAGCUAGAGUAGAUAGUGUUCUGUUAUUUUUAAAAAAAUUCUACCUGGUGCACCAUGGGACAGCACGUAUCCCGCACGGACUUCGAAUGGACCUACACCGAGGAACCACACGCAAGCCGGCGGAAAAUGAUCCUGGAAAAGUACCCCCAGAUCAAGAAGCUUUUCGGGUACGAUCCACAAUUCAAAUGGGUUGCCAGUGCGAUGGUCCUCACCCAGCUAGCGAUGCUGUUCGUCGUGAAGGAUCAGUCGUGGAAAAUGGUGCUCCUGCUGGCCUACUGUUUCGGUGGUGUGAUUAACCAUUCGCUGAUGCUGGCGUGCCAUGAAAUAGCUCACAAUCUAGCAUUUGGGCACGCGCGACCGAUGGCGAAUCGGUUGUUUGGCUUCUUUUGCAACCUUCCGAUCGGUUUGCCGAUGUCUGUGUCGUUCAAGAAGUACCAUCUAGAGCACCACCGUUACCAGGGCGACGAAGUGAUCGACACGGAUCUACCAACGUACCUGGAGGCGAAACUGUUCUGCACGACGGUUGGCAAAUUCUUCUGGGUUUGUUUGCAGCCGCUGUUCUACAUCUUUCGGCCACUGAUUGUGAAUCCGAAACCACCGCAGAAGCUCGAACUGGUCAACGGUGUCAUACAACUCGCCUUCAACACGAUCAUUGUGCAGUAUUUCGGCUGGAAAGUGAUGAUUUAUCUGAUAGUCGGAUCGCUGCUCGCGAUGGGCCUCCAUCCCGUAGCCGGUCAUUUCAUCUCCGAACACUACAUGUUCGCGAAAGGCUUCGAAACGUACUCGUACUAUGGUCCGCUGAAUUGGAUCACCUUUAACGUGGGGUACCACAACGAACAUCACGAUUUUCCGGCCGUGCCCGGACGGUUACUGCCGGAAGUGAAGCGAAUUGCGCCAGAAUUCUACGACAACAUCCCGCAGCACACGUCCUGGACGCGGGUGCUGUUCGAUUUCAUCACCGAUCCGGCCGUCGGACCGUACGCUCGUAUCAAGCGUAAAGCCCGCGGGCUGGAAUCGUAAACCAGAUAUUACCCAGAAAGCCAGGUCUAGCGAGUUUAUACAUCUUUUCGUUGAGAACGUGUGACGAUAUAGAAAAUUAAUUCUCUACAAAGAUCUACCUUCUGCCAUGGGCAGACAAAACGCAAGGACAAAAUACAACCAGUAGCCUAAAACGAAUGGACUUUUUUGCUUAUAAGCAUUGAUACAAUGUUGAUUAUGAUAACGAGUAUAUACGGCGGAAUGUAUGUAUUGAUGCAAAUAUUACUGGGUGGCAACUGCAUCCACCCAGCUCACAGCACCUUGUACACGUUAGCUAAAAAUUACAAGAAGUGAAAUGUAAAAUGGAUGUUUUUGGUGAGGUAUAAAAUAGUGGCAAAUGUUAGAGAAGUAUUAGGAGUGUAAACUAUUCUACUAACGAUAUUUUCGUUACCCUUACUACAUUGUUUGGUUUAUAAUUACACCCCUAAUUGAUCCUUUAUGGUAGUAUCAUUAAUUUACCCCUUACACAUUCACGCAGAGAACACUCACCUGUUUGAACGAAACAUUUUACGAACGGUGUUUCUGCCAGAAUAUAUCGUAAUUGUUUGUCAAUUGAGCAUCUUAUUGAACUGCUUUCAUUCAAGUAAUAGAUAAACCAAAUAAACGCACUGGCAUUUGCUGACAGUUAAGUGUAUAGUAGGAUAAAUUUGUUCCUAAUCACGUUCAUCACAAGCCAGUGGCACAAUGAUUGAGUACAGGGAAAAGAAUGUUAACGGAAGAUUGAGUUUUCCAAUGCCUUAGUUUUGUUUUAAAUUGUGCUUCGCCUGUGUGUGAGUGUUGGUGCGUGAAAACGCUUAAAUCCCCUCCGUUGGAGCACGCAUUACUUAGAGUUUGAUGGAUUUUUAAUACAUGUGUACUAAGCUGUAUGAUGUUGCUUAAAGAGCGCAGACGGUUAAAAUGAUUGUACUGUAUUGUGUCAAUAAAUCAAUGAGAAAGAA